AAACUACAGCCAUGAGUAUUUCAAAGAACGUGAAAAAAUAUGAAACUAUUUUGAAGUCUGUUGAAACUGAUUCAGAAAAAUUUGCUGCAUUAUUUAUGAUAACAAAAUUGGUGGAUAGCAAAGAUUGUACAGUAGCAGAAAAAAAAGUGUUAUUUGAAGCUAUUGGAAAAAAAUUUUUAGCGAAAUUAUUAUCUACAGAAGUAGUUCCUGUGGAUUGUCCUCCACAAGUAUAUAAGUCUGUAGCAUUGUCUAUACUUUCUGCAUUCUGUGGAGAAUCAGAAUUAGCUUCUCAUCCUGACAUGAUUACUCAUAUACCUGCAUUACUUGAAAUUAUAUCGCAAGCCGAUGAAGAUGCAGAUGAUAAUAUGUUAAUUAUUGUUAGUGAAGCAUAUACCUGUCUGCAAAAUAUUGCACAAUAUUCUCCUGGGCAACAAGUUUUACUUGAACAGAAAGCAAUUACAAAAAUGUGUGAUAUUUAUUCAGAAAAAAGCUUUCAGACAGACCAAGCUUUGAACAUUUUAGUUACUUUAGUUCAGAGAUUUGGUCCAGAAGCAUGGGAUGCAACAGAUACUGCACCUUUCCAUGUUAUUAUAAAUAAGAUUGCAUUAGAUUUUGAAACAGAUCAUACAGAAAGAAAAUUUCAGUUAUGUACAAUUUUGCAAGCUUUACUAAUGUCCUGCAGAAAAAACAUAAUUAGUGAAACUGCUAAAGAAGAAUCUUGGCCUUCUAGCAUUCACAAGGCUUUAUCUGAUAUUCUUGGAUCAAAGAUAGGCAAAAAUCAACGCGAUCCAGCACUAAAACUUGCUUCUGUCAUGCUAGAUUUAUUGGGAGCAGAAUGGACUUUAUUAGAUAAAGAAAAACCAAAAGUAUUUUUAUUAUUAUUGAUUCAAUUGGCAUCUAUAGAAGUUAGAAUGCAAGUGGAAGGAAAACAAUUAAAAACUAUAAUGGCAAAUGCAGACUUAGUUACAUCUUGUUUUAUUAUUAUUGAAAUUUCUCUUGGAUAUAUUACUAAUGAUCAAUUGGACCUAGACCAAAAAGAAAAACAGUCAUUAUAUACUGUUUUAAAGGGAGCCUUCGCUGCAAUUAUAGGUUUACUUACAGCAGUAUCUAAGAUGAAAGAAAUAACAGAUGUCAAAGAAAAAAUAUUUAUUUGUGCUGUGGUAAGAGUAUUAGCAGCAUGGCUUGCUCAGGAAACAACAGCUAUGCGUUCUCAAGUUUAUGCAGUUUUACCAUAUGUAUUAACAGUAGCCAAUGACACAUUUUAUGCACACAGAAAUAGAAAAUUGUCAGAGAAGGCUAAAGCAAAUGCUAAAAUUAAAAGCGAUGAAGCAACAUCAUCUGGAGAACUAGUUACUCAUGAUCCUUUAAGUGAAAUUGAUUUAUUGAGACUUUUAUUACCAGCAUUGUGUUAUUUAGCUGUAGAAGAAGAUGCUAGAAAAAUUUUAAUUAAACACAAACAAGAGGAAGUCCUGUUUGAAUGUUUAUCUUACCAUUGGACAAUUGUUCAUCAUAAAAAGCCACCAAUACCAAAAUCAGAAAGAUUAAAAGCAUUGAAAGAACCAGAAAAAGAAGAAGAUUUAGACCUUCAUGUAUCAGAAGCAAUCAAAGAUUCAAGGGUGGCCAUGGUCUCUGUGUGCAAUGUUUUAAUGAACAUUACUGUAUUAGAGGCAAAAUUAGUGGAAGAAUCACCAACAUUUAUUUCUUUAUUAAAAUUUAUUUUCAAUAAUCUCCCAGAACUUAAACAAAUUCCUGAAAAUCUAGUAUUGCACGGUCAUCUUGCAGUUUUGGGAUUGCUGUUAUUGAAGCAACAGGCAACACGUGUCAAGAAAAAUGAUUUUUCUAUAUGUCGAUAUAUUCAGGCUACUAUAAGAUUUUUGUGGGAUGCAUAUAUAAUUGAUGAAAGCAAUGAUCCCACUGAACUUGUUGUUGCUAUGUCAUAUAAAGAGCGAUGGAUGGAACUUAUGGAACUAUGGUUUCUUGGAAUGCAAACAAUGGCUGGGGUGUUACAAGUUAUACCUUGGCUUUCACAAUUUACUCUUGAGUCAGGUUGGGCAGAAGAAAUUAUUGAGAUUCUCAAGAAAAUAAAAAUAGGAAGUCUUCAGCCAAAUGUAAAGUUUGCUUUUGAAGAUCUUUUGUGCCAUUUAGUUAAAGCAGAUGAAAAUGUUGCUUCUGUUUUGAAGAAAUGUGGGGCUUUAACAGUAUGCAGAAAUCAUCGUAUGAUGGAGCUGGGAAAACAUCUUUUUGGAGAUUAAAAACAAUCCAAAAAUUUAUAUCGAUAUUUUAUUAUCAUGUUUUAAAUGAAAGUACUAUAUAUCUGUACAUUGAUAGAAUAGCCAAGAUACUUAAUCCAUUCUUAUGUUGUUAAGUAAUAUGUUUGUUUGUGUAUACGUAUUACACAUGUUUCCUUUUUUAUAUUACGCUAUAUUGCAUAUGAAAGAAACUAUUAAUAACUCUUAUUUCAUCAAAAUAACACUCAUAUUUUGAUUUAGUGAUUCAGUUUAGCUAAAAUUUUGUAAACCUGUAUACAAUCACAGAUCAGAUAUAAAUGUAAUCAUGUCUGAAAAUAGCUUUCUGGCAAGCAAAAGAGCUACUAAAUGUUUGUAUGAGUUAAAUAGAUUUAGAAAUUUAAAUAUUGAAAUAUAUAUUAGAAAAAACUAUUUUUACAUUUUAUAUUAAUUUAUAAAAUAUUAGAAAAUUUGUAUAAGUUAAAUUUGGAAUUAAUACAGUUUGUGAAUGUAUAUAUGAAAAAUUGCUUAUGUAUAACAAAUGGCUUUGUAAAAUAAUAAAUGGUCUUUCUACUAAAGAAAUUGUUUUUAAAAGUA